AUGGCGGAGCCAUGCAACGACUUGCUAGACGAGUGUUGGGAUCAGAUCUUCACAAAACUCGAUCGCGACUGCGAAUUCGAUUCCCUCUCUUUGGUUUGCAAGCGUUUCUAUGCGCUCACCAAUUCUCUCCGCCGCCGAUUAUCCGUAACCGACCCGAUCAUCACUGGUACCCUCCCUAGACUCCUUCACCGUUUCCCUAAUCUCGUUUCCGUUAAUCUCAGCAAUUUCCGUGGUGAUGCCACUACAAUUUUCUCUGAAAUCCGGCAUCGCUGCUUGCUAAAUCUUCAAGAACUUGAUAUUUCUAAUCAGACCCGAAUCCCCUUUGAUGAGUCGAUGGAUUCUGGAUCGGUUUUUGAGAAGUUGAAGGUUUUAAAGUGCAAGAAUCUGCAUGUUUUAGGCAAUUCACAUUUGAAGAGAAUUGCUAGUUGUUUCCCGUGUUUGGAAGAGUUAGAUAUCAGUUUUCCUAGAACUGACGUGCACUUAAGAUCCAAGGAUCUGGAGGGAAAUGAAUCCGUAGUUACAGAUGAUGGAAUUGAGGCUUUGUCUUUGAGUUUGAAGAAAUUGAGGAAAAUUAAUCUUUCUGGGAAUUAUUACAUCACUGAUAGGUCAAUUGCAGCACUAUCCAAUUGUUUGAAUCUUCAAAGUCUUGAAAUUUCGAGUUGCUGUUUCAUUACUGCAAAUGGGAUUCAUCUUUUGUUGCAAAACAGUGCAAAGAUGAACUCGGUUUCAGUUUAUGGUAUUACUUGUCCAAACAGUAAUCUGAUUGCUCAAGGUUUCAGCACUUAUGGUCGAGCUUUGCAAGCUAUUGAUCUACAUUGCGCAAUUAUUUCAGAUGAGUGCCUGAGCUCUUUAGCAAAAGCUUGUCUUCCUUUAAAUAGGUUCUCGCUUGUGUGUUGCAACGGUAUCACAUCAAAUGGACUCUUGUCUCUUCUUUCUGCCUAUCCAUCGCUUCAGUACUUGGCGCUUGAGGCUUUUGAUUUCCUGACUGAUGAGAUUAUGGAGGCCUUGUCCGUGUAUUUACGUAGUGUAGUGACAAUCAAAUUAACGGAGUGCAGUAGGUUAACAAUCUCAACCAUCUUUGCACUCGCGAGAAAUUGUGAUGUGCUGGAAGAGCUUGACAUGGAGAACACUGGAUUGGGAAGAAAGGGCGGCUCUCCGGAUUGGCACAUAAGCUCAAAACUCAAGUGUCUGAAUAUGGGAAAGAAUAUUAGAGUCAGUGAUAAAUGCCUUGCAGAAAUUGCCUUUGUCUGCCGGAUGUUAGAGAAACUCGAUGUUUCCUUUUGCUCGGGUAUAUCUAAAGAGGGCAUUGCUAGUGUUCUCCAGAUCUGUCCCGAGAUCAGAAGCUUAAAGAUUGAUCACUGUUUAGGGAUCGAAAGUAUUGGGGAGGGCCCAGAGUUGCCAAAACUCGAGGUGCUAAGUGCAGAUAGGUCAGGGUUGAAUGGCAGCGGCCUUGCAGCAAUUGGGAUCAGAUGUUCAGGGCUCCUGAAAUUGGGUCUCGAGGGGUGUAACGGAGUCACAACAAAAGGUGUCGAGGAAGUCGCGAAAAAGUGUAAAAGGUUACGCAAAAUCAAGUUGGGGAUGUGUGCCCAUGUUGAUGCCAGUGUCGUUGAACGGAUUGUGUUCUCUUGCCCAUCACUGAGGAGAGUAACUUUUCCCAACUCUAAGCUUACUGAAGAUUUGAAAAGACUGUUCUUGCAGCAUGGAUGUGUAGUUCAAGAGAGCCAUUAG